AUGGAUCAAGAUUAUACUAGUCUUAAACUAGAAUGUUAUCACCCUAAAAAACUCUUAGUCGAUGAAGAUGCUUUUAUUGUUCAUCUUCAUAAUAUAAACUUCUGCAAAUAUCAAAAACCAAUCAAUGCAAAAAGUUUAACUAAUGUUCCUUGGUUAAGUGGAUUAAAUGAACCCCCAACAAAUGAAUCAAGUUCAGAAAAAGUUACAAAAACAAUUGCCUCAAGAGUCAAAGGUGGUAAACAAAGAAAAGCUACAACUACAACAAGGUCUUAUAUUCUCUUAAAAGAUCGUUCAAAAGUAACUGAUCUUGCCAAAAAGGCACUAAAUCAAGAUAAAAAUACUGAUGUUUUUGAUCUCUCUACUCUUUAG